GCAGCCAAGGUAUUCCAGAGCGGGGGCCGGGGGAGAGCCUGACUGUUCCCUGAAGCCUCCGGGGCGGCUUCGCCAGAACGCACUUCCGCGGCAGCGGAGGGAGACUAAGGAGCCGCGGCUCGGAGUGGGCGAGCGGGAUGUCCGAGCGGUGAGGAGCCGGUAGGUGUGGUCAGGGACGCUCCCGUUUCCGAGUCUUUUGCAAGUAGUUGAAGGUGUUGCGUGAAACGGCGAAGCGGCGGCGAGUCGGCAUUUGAAAGGUUGCCCACAUGGGGGGACGUGGAAAAGUGGCCGAGGAGGUCCAGAUUAUCUCUGCUUUGUGUACAGAUGAACUCCUGUUUCAUCUGAGUUCACUAAGCUGACUUUGGAGGACCAGGCACAGGGAAAGGGGAUCAGUAGCGCAGGACAGGCUGUUUGGAGAAACACCGAUUACUUUGAAAUUAUUGACCAUACAGCUCAAGCCCUCCUGCCAUGGGCUGCCGAGAUGUCCACGCAGCCACGGUCCUGUCCUUCCUGUGUGGUAUUGCCUCUGUCGCAGGCCUCUUUGCAGGGACUCUGCUUCCUAACUGGAGGAAACUGCGGCUGAUCACAUUCAACAGAAACGAGAAGAACCUGACAAUUUACACGGGCCUGUGGGUGAAGUGUGCCCGGUAUGAUGGAAGCAGUGACUGCCUGAUGUACGACCGUACGUGGUACCUGUCAGUUGACCAGCUGGACCUGCGUGUCCUCCAGUUUGCCCUGCCUCUCAGCAUCGUGAUCGCAAUGGGUGCCUUGCUACUCUGCCUGAUUGGAAUGUGUAACACGGCCUUCAAUUCUUCCGUGCCUAACAUCAAACUGGCCAAGUGUCUGGUCAAUAGUGCAGGCUGCCACCUGGUGGCCGGACUCCUGUUUUUUCUGGCAGGUACCGUGAGCCUCUCUCCAUCCAUCUGGGCCAUCUUUUAUAACAGCCAUCUCAACAGGAAGUUUGAGCCGGUCUUUACCUUUGACUAUGCAGUAUUUGUCACUAUUGCUAGCUCAGGGGGUCUGUUUAUGACUGCUCUCCUGCUGUUCGUUUGGUAUUGUGCAUGCAAGUCUUUGUCCUCUCCUUUUUGGCAACCGCUGUACUCUCACGCUCCCGGGAUGCACACUUACUCACAGCCCUAUUCAUCACGGUCCCGCCUCUCUGCCAUUGAAAUCGACAUUCCAGUAGUCUCACACAGCACUUAACAGAGAUACAAUUAACUGUUCAAAGGAUGUCUUGUAGCCUCACAGCCCCCUGCAUAAUGAGCCUUUUUGGACCUGUGUACAUUUUUCCUAUAUUCCUUAUCAGUCAGUGGAGCCAAAUUUGUAUAUCUUGGUAGAAUGAAAUGCUGCUAGAUUUUAUGAGGUACAUAUUACAUUCUUCUAAAUGUGAAACAUUCCUUUUAUCUUGCUUCUGAGACUAGAAGGGUCUUUAGCCUCCUUGUUGAUGUCUGAUCAAUUGCUUAUGUGAAAGGACCCAUGAUAACACUGGAGGCAGUGAAGACAGCGUAUUGAACAAUGCUGUUUGAUCUUCACCCGUAUUUCAGAUUGUGCGUUGACUCCGAUGAUUUAGAGGUGAAAGGGGCAGUUUCAAACUUAAGACGUUUCAGUCGGAUAAGGCUAGGAGUUUGUCUCCAGAACUCUGCCAGCUUGAAGGUAUAAUUUCAUUCUCUCUGGGGACUAAUUGAAUAGGCAUCAGUAUACUGAAGAUUACUAUCUUCUACCUCAUUGCAGUGAAAAGUAAAAUGCAUUUUACAUGACAGAGUAAAGCUAAUAUUUAAGCAUGGUUAACAUUUGACUUCUUCAUUGGUUUCAGAUGGGGUCUUGCUGUGUGUAGCUCUGGCUGGCCUAGAGAUCACUGCAGACCAGUCUGUACUCAGACUUUCUACCCGCUUGCCUCCUGAGCACUAACUACAAGGCACACCCAAUUACACUAAAAAUGUGUCAGGAGACAGUAUGUUGCUUCAUUUGAAGCAAGAAUCCCUUUCCAGACCCCCCCUUGUCAGGUAGUGCUCAUGCGCGGUCCAAGCUCUUAGUGCCUAGGACAAAAUUGUCUUUCAGGGCGCGGGAGUCUGUUCUUCAGUGUCAGCACGAAAGAUUCAUUUGGUGGCUACUAUUUGAGUAGUGGCUUUCGUCUGUUCAGUUCCUGCUUCAGAACUGAUUGCUUGCUUCUAACACUGCUUAACACUUGAGUAAGUACUUCAGAGGAUACACAAAUAGGAGAAAUAGCCAUGUCUAUGUAGAAAUGUUGAUCUAAUACACCUGAUAACCAGUGGGAAGUCUGACUUUGUGGUAGCUGGUAAACUUGUCAAGCAUUGACCCAGGAGUGUAUUUCACCUGAAAGAUGUCUUUGUGACACAGACAGCCUGUGGUCCACCACCAACAAUAGCCUGGACGCUGGAAAUUCCCUUUAGUCAGGUCUCCUCCCAUAGUCGUAAUAAUAGUCUCAGAUCAUGAGAAUGGUAAGAUAGGAGAGAGAUUAAAUUAUACCUAUUCUACCUCUGAAGCUAAGAUGAUAAAUUAAAGAGGGGCAAAUUUUCAAAAUAUCUCUUCUGAUGUGAUAUCAAAUGGAUAAAACCAUGUUAGUCAUAACGUCCCGCUUUGACAUUGAGGGGUGUUGGGUCUUAGCUUAGGGAUUUGAGCUGCUCAUUUGGAUAAUGUCCACGUACUGGCACUAUGUUUGUAAGGACUGUAGUACAUUGUGCUUAUAGAUUCUUACAAGCAGCUGAUUUUAGGAUAACAGUUUCUGAUGCCUCUUUUGCAAAUCUGAGUCUUUCUGUAGAGAUAUGUAGUACUUUUCCCUAAGUCCAACACUACUGUAUGUAGGCCAACACUACUGUAUGUAGGCAAGUAAAUCCAAUUGUAUAAUUUUAAAAUGCCGUCAGUACAAAGCAUGCACAUCUAUGGUUUUUAAAAAUUACAACUUCUAGCCUUUUCCACCUCUGGUUCUUCUCACUCAUAAAUGGAGCUGAGUGUUGGUCAUUCCAAGACAGUGUCAGCUCGAAUUCUGAGACUAAUAAUAGUGUUUUGCCCUUGUUAAUCUUAGUUCUUCUCUCACUAAACUGUUUCCAGAUGGAAUUCUACCAUGCCUUGGUGUUAGUAUACAGAGAUAAAAGUAGGGCCAGGUGUAGUGGCUUUUGACUUUAAUACCAGCACUCAGGAGGCAGUGACAGGUGCAUUUCUGGAAAUUCUGGUCUCCAUAGCAAGUUCCAGGCCAGUCAGAGCUACACAGUGAGAACCUGUCUUUAAAAACAAUUAGAAAAAGUGGACUCAGCAAUGAGAAUACUAGACAAUUUUCAGCUCACAGGAUUGUAACUACAAACAUUUAAGCUUUCUUAUGAGAAUCUUUCGGCAUUAUCAUCUAUAGCCUCCAAUUACUUUUAUGAAUUCACUCAGGAAGAGAAACAGCUGUUUCUGUAUUAUCUUUUUAGUGUUCCAGAUUGGGCAUAAAUAGCUGUUUUUUAAAGCCAUCCAAGGAAAGCAUGUAUUUACAAUGCUUCUGAGUCACUGGAGCUGUUAUUGAGAUGGGGUGGAUAACUUCUUUUGUUGCUAAAAAGCUGUUGAUUUUAAAGGCCUUCUAAGGAGCCAGCUAGGCAAACAACCUUGAAUGUGAGAUGGUGCAUAGAAUUUGUGUUACCCAGCUUUGGGAGAAGAAUAAACCUGAGAUUCUGAGUUCACUCUGCUUGUACAUACGCCCUAUGACGGAUAGUGUGUGCUGUAAACCACAAGGUAGAAUCCUCAGUGGGUGUGCUGUGUGUGCUGUGCUGCCUCAUGUUUAUUAAAAGAUGUAUUUUUACAA